GCGAAGGAAAAGUCGAUCUCAUACACGCAAUACUCGGUCGGAACAGUUUGCGCAUCAUAGACGCAUGCGCCAGCGUCAGUCAUCGUGAAUGCGCGGAAUCACAAAGCCCUAGAGACAUGUUAUCACGCCGCCGACGGUCAUGGAAGUGGAAGCAACGAGUCUCGGGCAUGCUGCCUUUGCGCCUCACGACUACGAAACUCCCCAAGCACCGUCGCCCUCACCCCUGAACUCGCCAUGGCCUGAACUUGAAACUGACAUGGCAAGACUGGAGGAAGGAGCGACCCGACUCGAACAACAACGGAGCCCCGCGCUGCCGCAGCCCCAAAAUGACGACAAUCUAGGAGCCAAGGAAGGCGCGCAACAAAGUUCCGGACACGACGCACUGCAUGCAGUACCACCUACCUCUGACACUCAAUCUCUCAAUCUAAAGCCGCAAGCAGAGACGCUGUCGCAACCGCCGUCCAACGACGUCAGAAAGUCGCCCAAACCUCCGGCGAAGCCUAUCUCGCUAGCACAAUCGCUGUUCCCCGAGGACUUUGAAGACGACGUGGAGCAACAAGAGGAGGUCCCAGCUGCGGAUGAACUGGUAGACCAAGCCCAGCCAGAGACUCUCCCGCAGACACAGACGCAGAUCGAGCAGCAAACACUGGCCCCGACACAAGACGCGUUGCCGGACCUGGCCGAUCAGUCUGUGCUUGACAAGCCCGCUCUGGUGCACUCGUAUUCGUUGCCAGAGUCCAUCGAUCCACUGGACCAGUCCGUCGAUCCACUCGAUCAAUCACGACCCCUCCAACCACAAACGCCUCCCAAAGACUACUCUGAGCUCGCAAAUGCAGUCGCCGACCUGAAUCUCCCUACAAAUUCUCUCUUCCCUGCCGACCUCGCCCUGGCUUCAUACGAGGCCGAAGAGGCCGCCCCUGUACAAGAUGCUCAGAAUGAUCCUAUGCAAGCUUUCGCGAAGCUGCAGUUUCCUGAUGGCGACUUCUAUGUUAAUACCUAUGCAGUCGAACUAGGUCGUGAUCUCAAUGCUGCAAAGUUUGAGCGAAAGGCAGGUCGCAAACACAAGAUGAAGCUGAAUAGAGACGUCCAGAUGGAGCAAGAUGCCGAAAUGAAUGUGGACGACGAGGGUCGCAACAUUGCGCGCAGCAACGUCAGCGAGAGCGGUGGUAUCGUUGGUGUCAACAUCGACUACGACAGCGAAGAGAACGAAGAGGCCAAACGCCGCAAGCGCAAGCAGUUCCGCUCCACCAAUUCCUCGCACUCGGUCGACCCCACCUCGCUCCUCACCAACCCAUACGACCUUUCUCUCGACUGGCAACCGCAACAAGACAAGCCUUUCGAAUACGAGUGCCCCUUCAUCCCGAUUCAUCCCCAAGCCGGCCAGUCGUUCAAGAACAUCUCUCGCAAACACAUCCGUAUCGAGUACAACCUACAGAAGGCCCACUGGGAAAUGCUGGUCAAUGGUAGAAAUGGUGUCUUCCACGAUGACAGCCACGUCGACAAAGGCUCUUUGGUCAAGCUUCACCACGGAAGCGAAAUCUUGAUCCAAGGCAUCACCAUCGUCUUCAAGCUGCCAGACAACGCCCGUGUUGAGGAGGAAGAGGAGGAGCCCGCUCACAUCCUGUCAGACACUGAUAGUUCCUUGUCUGACCUGGACAGUGUAGCUAGUCUUGGUUUCGCACAUGAUGAUGAUGAUGAGGAGAUAGGCCUCUCUUCAGAGGAUGAGCCAUUACGACUUAAACGACCAGCGCAGAAGAGAGAGCCACUCUCUAGAAUCGUCAAGCUCAAAUUCAAGCUCAAGAGAAACUUCCCUGCCGUUGCUGGAUUGCCCGUCGAGAGAGAAGACAAGAAGGAGAAAGAGCAGGAGAGGGAGCGAGAGAAAGAGAAGAAGAAGGAAAGGGAGAGGGUCAAGGCGGAGAUCAGAGAGAAGAUCAAGGAGAAAGAGAAGGAGAUAGAAGCUGAGAAGGAGAAGGAGAAAGCUGCCGAGAAGACCAAAGCCAAGGACAAGGAAAAGGACAAGGAGCGGGAGAAAGAGCGAAGGCCGUCCAAGUCUGGCAAGCAGAGUAUCAAGGCUGACAAGCCUCCGAGAGCGGAAAAGGCAGAGAAAACGCCUAGGACGCCCAAAGUGGACAAGGUGGACAAGGUGGACAAGGUUGAGAAGACCGAGAAGGUGGAGAAGCCGGUGCAAAAGCUUGCCUUGCCGCAAAAGGUAGAGACAAGCAUCCCAGCCGAGACGCCGAAGCCAGUCGAGGCUGCUGCAAAGACGAUCGCCAUGCCCACUCAGCCAGAGGUCCUCACGCCCAUGUUCGAAGAACGAAGGGAGUCGGCCGUGGCCACGACCGAGAUGCCGCCUCCUUCUCACCCCGUCGACUUCAAACACUCGGUCGAGCCCGAUUCAUAUGAAGCACUCCAAGCCUUGCAAGUCACGCCCUCACAAACCCCUCCAGCCGUCCCUGCAGACCUACCCCCUGGUUCCAUUCUUGCUGGCUUGGCCCCUGAGGAGAUACCUCAAAAGCGCAAAGGACCCGGAAGACCUCCCAAGAACGGUGUCAUGUCCAAACGCGACGAGGCCAUCAUUAAGCGAAAGACCAAGGAGUUGCAGAAGAUGGGCAAGAUCGUUCCCCCACUUGCUGAGCUUUUGGCUCUUGCCAGAGCUGAGGGUGGAAGCACUACCAAGAAGGACUCUAAACCAGAGGAUGGCCGUGAGGGCGAACAUCUGAGCCAGUCUGUCGAAAUCGAUCCCGCGCUCAUGGCCAUUCAGGAGCACAAUAAUGCUACACCAUCCAUCGAAGUCAAGACCGAGGGAGGUAUCCCGGCCGCUCAGCCCACUCCAGACAAGGAUGCGAACAAGCCCAAGAGGAUCGUCAAGUCUCCAUCGCCGCAAAAGCCUGAAUCAGAGUACACCGAGGAGGAACUCAAGAAACCAACACAGACCUAUGUGGUCCUGAUCCAUGAGGCUCUUUCGAAAGCUCCUACUGGUGUCAUGGAUCUGCAGCAGAUCUACGAUGCUAUGCAGAAGAUGUACCCUUGGUUCAAGUACAGGAGUACCACUGCUGGCUGGCAGAGUAGUGUCCGACACAACCUGAUCAGCAGCGAGGCCUUUGAAGAGGCUGGCAAGAUUGGCAAAGGCAGACUCUGGAAGAUCAAUCCUAAUGUCUCCAUCGACAAAGAGAAGAAGCGAAAAGCACCUACACCGCCACCGGACAACAGGCCGCCCCAGCAACAGCAACAAUACCCCUACUAUCCGAACAAUCAAUAUCCUUAUGGUCAUCCUGGUGCGCCGGCGUAUGGAGCUUAUGCUAGACCAAGUCCUUACGGUACUCCUUACGGUCCACCGACUGUGCAGAAUGGGUCAAGACCACCUGUCCCGACACCACAGCAGAAACCCGGCACCUACUACUCUCCGUACGCGUCAACCACACCGGGUGCUGCUGCUGCCGGUUCGCCUUAUGGUCCACCAAGUAGAGCGCCGUAUGCUCCCUACCCUCAGCCUCCUAGACCGCCUGGUAAUACUUAUGGACAGCCACCUCAGCCGCCACAGUCUGGUCAACCGCCGAACCAAGUACCUGGACAGAACCAGCCACAGCAUCCUGGUCAAGCUCCUCAUCCGACAUCUGGACAACCUUACCAAGCUCCCGGAGCUCCGAAUGGCCAGCCGCAGUACGCACCACAAGGAACCCAACAACCACCUCGCCCUGUGAUGGCCCCAGGACCUGGACAGGCUCCUCCGCCGAACCAGAGUGGUAUUACCUCGGAGAAGAUGAUAGACAACAUCAUGGAUUACCACAAGAAGUACCUCAGUAACUUCCAAGGCCCCGAGCAGGAGAAAGCUAGAACGGUUUUCCGCAAGGCGACCAACAGACACAUCCACAAAGGUAUGGAUCACGGUCCCUACGAGUCAGAGGAGGAAGAGAAGCUCUACAAAGCCAUCGAUAAUAUCAUAACCACAACCCAGGCCGAGACUGCUGCCGCUGCCACUGCACAGCCUCAGACGAACGGUCAAGGGCCUGUGCAAGGUGGAGUCCCUCAAGGUCAAGCACAGGCAGGUGCUGCACAGAAUGUUGCUGGUCCAGCUCCGCAGCCACAGGGUACUACUGCUCAAAACCCACCGCCUCCUGGCCAAGCACAUCCGCCUGCUCCUCAACAGGACAUGUCGGCUGGCCCGCAAUCCAUCAACGGCCAUCAUCCAAUCCAGCAUGUGUCAAGCUCAGAGCAAGCGUUAGCGGACGCGCUCAAGACGGCUAUGCCUAGUGCACAAGCAUUCAGGCAGGGUGCACCAAUCGCGCCUUACUAUCCAGCACCGCCGAAUCAUCAGGGUAUCGCACCGAGACCUAGCCCGUACGGACAGCCACAAGGUCCACAGCAGCAAAGAAUGCAGCCUCCACCGGGACAGCAACAAGCAACUCACGCUCGUCCUACUCUUGCUGCAGCACCGCCGGCCCCACAAGCGCAAGCACCAAGACCGACGUUUACCGCGCCGUCGCAGUCUCAGUCUACUGUAACGACACCGGGUGCUCCAACUCAAGUCGCUUCGAGACCUGUCGCUCCUGCUCCAAGCCAACCCAUACAACCUUCGCCCGUACAAGCUCCAGGUCAACCGCCACAGCAACAUCCAGGACCGGUCUCGGGUCAGGCUAAUCAGCAGCUACCUGCGCCGGCACCUGUGUCUCAGCCCCUGCCCGCAAGCCAGCCACUUCAGCCAUCCGUGUCGUCGCAGACAUCGACGCCUGCUCCCUCAAUACAGCAACAGACGCCUGCACCUGUAACCGAAUCGGCAGCCACUACACCAGCAUCAGUGGCGCCCCAAGUGCAAGCUGUACCAACGCAGCCUCCAACGCCGGUCGCUGCUGCCACGCCUCCGCAAGCUUCUGUGGCACCGACGCCUCCGGCAGAUCCGAAUGCCCAUGGCGGUCUGAAGCGGCCUAUCGAGAUUGAUAACGAUGGCGACCGCGACGCCAAGAAGCAGAAGACUGACGAACAGACAUAGAGUUGUGCGGUCUGGCAAAACAAGGUGUAUAUGGAUGGAAUGAUGUUUAUGAGGCGUUGCUGUUUCCGGCAUUCUCUUCUCACUGUCGAUGUUUUCUUUUCCAUUCUUUCUGCUUCUUUUAUUGUUUUGUGUUUUUCUGG